AAACACUUCAAGAAUGAGUUCACCACAAGAUAGAAGUAGAAAUUCCUGCAGCAGUGAGCCUCUGGCAAAGUGCCUUCAAGCUAAGAAGGACUUGGAAACAGCUAUUUCUGGAAUUGUCAAAGCUGAACAACAGAUUAAAGACAACUGGAGAGAGGUGAAAGCAAAGAUUCACAGCCACAUAAGUCGCCACCUGGAGUGCCUGCGCAGUCGCGAGGUUUGGCUGUUUGAGCAGGUAGAUCUCAUUCAGCAGCUCAAAGAGGAGGCCUUGCAGCAGCAAGCUCAGCAGCUCUAUUGGUAUUUGGGACAGUUCAAUUGCCUUAUUCAUCAGCUGGAACACUCCUAUAGUAACGAACUAGCGAACCAGAUUUCAGUUUGCCUGGAGAGACUGGAAAGUCUUACUCUUAAACCAGAAGAGUCUUCCGUCCUGAACUUUGAAGCCGACACAUCUUACCUUCGCCAAGCUAUUACCUCAUUUGGCUCCAUUAAAACAAUGCAAACCUCUGAGAGAGAAAAUACUUCUCCCUGGUUUCCAGGGCAGAAUUGUACCCUAAUGAACUGUGAACAGAAAACAUUCCAUGGGACAGUGGGCGCUUCACUGGCUGGCUGGUUACUUGGAAGCAGACCUGUGGGUGUUUGCCAUACUCCAUAUGUACCCAGCACCAAUCUUGAGGACUGGGUUAUGCAGAAAUGUGUGUCAGACUCCAGCCAGGAUUUAAAUUCUUCCAAAGUCUGUUAUUUUGAGCAAGCCUGGGGAAAUCUGAAAGAUUUGGAACACUGGCUCCUGCAGAAUCAACAGCAUGAUGCUGCUGGGAAGAUGGCUUCCUAUGGCCGCAAGGACUCCACCUCUACUUUCACCUCAUCCUUUUCCACUGAAAAGAUUGAGGAAUUGGAAUCCCUUGGUCAAGAAGAGAUGGAUCUUUCUGACUGGCUGCUUAUGCCUAACACGGAAAAUGGAAGUAGUGCUUCAGAUGAGAAAUGGAAGUAUGAAUUUAAACCUUUUAGGGAAGAAUUUAAUCUGAAUGAUUGGCUCCCUAAAGCUGAAACGUGUAGCAGUUGUCGUGGCAGCCAGGCCAAGGGUGUGGAAAUUGAGAACCUGGGAAAUCUGAAGUGCCUGAAUGAGCAUCUGGAUGGAAAGAAACCACCCACCACAUCAACUGUAAAUGCUUGGCUGCUUCAGCAUCCCCCCACCCCAUUGAAGGUGGAAGAUGUGUGCAAAGCAAAUGAGCUGUGUGCCAGCUUUUCAGAGUGCGUCUGUGACGAAAACUGUGGCAAGGAGGCUCUCUGUAAGUGGCUUCUGAAGAAAGAAGGAAAGGAUAAGAAUGGCGUUCCAGUAAGCCAGAAAGCCAUUCCAAACCCUGAGCACGAGAAGCCUAAGUCUGUUGGCAACACCUGGCUUUACCCCUCCCAACAGGUUGCAGAGGAACCUGUGACUGCUGAGAAAUCAGAUUAUUCGGCAGAAAUAGCAGAACCUCUGAAAGUAUUGCUCGAAAGGCCUUUGACAAGCUGGCUGGCCAAGUCUGAGCACAAAGCAGAAAGUGCAGAAGAAAAGGCAAGUAGGGAGAAAGCAGAUACUAGUUUCAAGAGUCCUUUCCUAGACCUCUUGGCUCCGUUCCACCUCCCCCUGAACGUAAACAGUUGGGUGGUGACUUCAAAUAACCUGGAAAAUACUAACCCGCCUCCAGUGGAAGAUAAAUGGCUCCUACGCAAGAAAGCACAAGAAUUUGGCCUUCCUACAGUUUGUGACCUUUUUGCCUGUAUGAAGCUGAGUGGAGAUAAAGAAAAAUGGCUGUACCGGACUCCUUUACAGAUGUGAAGAACUAGAAGUGUUGAAAUUGUCCCCUUCCUGCUGAUUAAUCGCACAUCCACGCUGAGUGACUGCAGCCAGAUGAAUUAUUGUGUUUGUGUUUGGCCGUCUGCUUUUUCUUCCAAAAUUAUAACAAAAAGAAAAAAUAUUCAUAGAACAGAGUUAUGGUGCAGAAAAUGCCUUUUUGUUAUGAUUAAUUCUGAAACGUAGACCCACUGAGCAUAAGCAAACUGACACUGUAGAGGUGUUAGUAAAGUUGUAUCUGUUAUGAGACUAUGUGAAUCUUCUUUAAUGGGUUGUCACUUGAAAGCCAGUGCAGGUAUAAAGCAAAAUCUCUGGUGCUGUGAAACCUCCACCUUUGGUGUUGACUUUUCAGGUGUUGUAGUUCCUCUCAGCUGCUACAACUUUGUUGUGAGUUGGGUUCCAGCUUACUGGGAUCAUAAGAUGGCUUAGGCUGUAUUUGGAAGCAAUUUUUUUUUUUUAUUGGGCAUUUGCUAACUUUAAAGAUUUCGUUUGCAUCUUCUAUUGGUGUGUCUCCCAGCUGAGCCUGGGGAGUCUAGAUUUUGAAAGAGAUAUGAAUUUAUGGGGCCUGACCAGUGACAGGAGAAUUGGUUACUUAGUUUUGUGUGAAAACUUUCCUUGCAGAUUUCUGAGCCAUUCAGAGAACAGGGCAGACUUGGGUCUGUUAGAGGAAAAGAGCAAAGCUGAAUUGCCAGGUUUUUCUGUGGUGUUAGUUUUCAUACAUCAGUAGACUGAGAACCUGUGUCCCUAGUUUUUAGUAACAAUUUAAAUUUCAGUGAAAAAAGCUGUACGAUGGAACAUGUAUGUUUCUACUAGUUUUAGAUAAUUUAUAAAUAACUUGUAUUGACUAAGCCACUGCAAAGCAGGCAUCUUAGCCACAUAGUAUUAAAGUUAAGAUUUGGGGAAUUAGAUGCCUUCUCAUAUUUAAUUGGAAAACACCACCUUGGCAACCUGCGUGGAUCCCACUGAUCCUUUUUAAAGAUACUUAAGCUGUGGAUUUCCUUAGUAUUAUGCAUAUGACAGUGGGGUUGGCGUAGUUGUGAUCACUGCAGCAGUGGGCAUAAUGAGUAACACCACCUUAGGUAUUUAAGAUUUUUGUGUCCAUAGGAAACAGUGCAGAGAUGCUAGAUGGAAAUGUGGAUCAUGCUUGCCAGCUUGCAUGAAAAACUGUAAAAUUAUACAGUCUCUGGUGCAGCUUCUAGUCACUUACACAAAUUAUCUUAAUGAGUGUACAGAACAGCUCCCACUUUGCCCCAUCCCCGAAGUCUUACCUGGAAUAAAAGUGGUUUCCGUUCUUCACAAUGGCGCAGAAAAUAAAUUAUUAGCAAGAUCUAACCUUGAUACCACUUAGCAGACAGGAAUGCAUUCCUGUCUGCUGUAACUUGUGCAUUUGUGUAAAAAUAAAGGUAUGAGAGGGCUACACCGCACCUCUGGAACUAGACCCCCAAAAGGGCUUACGAUCUGUGGACCACUUGAGACUUCUGUAGUUUGGGCUUUCUACUGAAAGCAGGAAGAUGUUUUUGAAGUUAAUUUUUCCCCUUUCAGCGUGUCGUCUUUGCUGCACGGGAAGAGUGCACUGUAACUAACUCCAAUAAUAGCCUACUUUGAUUAGCAAUUGAACUUGAUGAAGGUGAUUGAAGUGCAGCCCACCUCUUAUAAUUCCUUGUAGUUGUCAAUGUGUGCUACUUUGUCAGUUCAUUAUGAGCCUUUAAAACUUGGGGGUUACAUAUGUAUUCAUUUACUUGUUCAACUGAUCUGUUAUCACUAAUUGAUAUUUAUGUAAAACAUUGAUUAGUCUUUUCCAUUAAAAAAAAUAAUUGCAACCAAA